CUUUCCCAAACAUUCCACGUAAAAGCUACCAAACCGUCUCCAAAGUUCUAAGUUAAAAUCUUUCUUCAACAUCUACUGCUUUUUCCUUUCAGACUCGCAGUUAAUUAAGCCGAGGAAGAUCGAGAUCUGACCUCUCUCUUGAUCUCAAUAUAUUUAUCAUUCUAUACGCAUUAUUCAUACAUAGAUACAGCUGAACGCAAUUGAGGGAAAUGAGGAAGAAUAUGGCGGUGGCUUCUUACGUCGUCGUUCUAUUCAUAGUCUGCUGUACGCCGCCGGUGAGAUCGGAUUCAUCGAAUCACAGGUACAAGGCAGGAGAUUCAGUCCCUCUAUACGCCAACAAGGUCGGACCUUUUCACAAUCCGAGUGAGACAUACCGUUACUUUGAUCUUCCUUUCUGUCAUCCAGACAAUGUGAAAGUGAAAGAUAAAAAGGAAGCCCUUGGGGAAAUCUUAAAUGGUGACCGUUUAGUCACUGCACCUUACAAGCUUGACUUUAUGCAUGACAAGGACUCAGAAACUGUAUGCCGCAGGAGGCUGUCAAAAAAAGAAGUUGCACAGUUCCGUGAAGCUGUUGCCAAGGAUUAUUAUUUCCAAAUGUACUAUGAUGACCUUCCAUUUUGGGGUUUCCUGGGGAAAGUUGAUAAGGAUGGAAAAUCCGACCCUAGUGAAUACAAAUAUUAUCUAUUCAAGCAUCUUCACUUUGAGAUCUUCUACGACAAGGAUCGUGUGAUUGAGAUUAAUGCACGGACUGAUCCUAAUGCCCUUGUUGACAUCACUGAAGACAAAGAAGUUGAUGUAGACUUUGUGCAUUCUGUGAAAUGGAAAGAAACAAACACACCUUUUGAGAAGAGGAUGGAGAAGUACUCCCAGUCUUCUUCUUUGCCACAUCACUUGGAAAUUCACUGGUUUUCAAUCAUCAACUCCUGUGUGACUGUUCUCCUCUUAACUGGAUUUUUGGCCACUAUUCUUAUGCGGGUCCUUAAGAAUGACUUCGUAAAAUAUGCUCAUGAUGAGGAGACUGCUGAUGACCAAGAAGAAAGUGGAUGGAAGUACAUCCAUGGUGAUGUUUUCAGGUACCCAAAGUACAAGUCUUUGCUGGCAGCAUCUCUUGGUUGCGGUACUCAGUUAUUUACACUGACAAUCUUUAUUUUCGUUCUUGCUCUGGUUGGUGUGUUCUACCCUUACAACCGAGGUGCUCUUUUUACUGCAUUGGUAGUCAUAUAUGCUCUUACUUCUGGAAUUGCUGGCUAUACUUCUGCUUCUUUCUAUUGCCAACUAGAAGGAACCAACUGGGUCAGGAAUUUGUUAUUGACCGGGGCAUUGUUUUGUGGGCCCCUGCUCCUCACCUUUUCUUUUUUGAACACCGUAGCCAUUGUUUAUAGUGCCACAGCAGCACUGCCAUUUGGCACCAUUGUGGUUAUCUUUUUAAUAUGGGCACUUGUGACAUCACCUUUGCUCGUCUUGGGAGGAAUUGCCGGAAAGAAUAGCAAGGCUGAGUUUCAAGCUCCUUGCCGUACCACCAAAUACCCAAGAGAAAUCCCACCAUUGCCUUGGUAUCGUGGAGCUCUACCUCAGAUGGCGAUGGCUGGUUUUUUGCCGUUCAGUGCCAUAUACAUUGAACUUUACUACAUUUUCGCUAGUGUUUGGGGCCACAGGAUUUACACAAUUUACAGCAUCCUGUUUAUUGUCUUCCUUAUUCUACUCAUUGUUACUGCCUUUAUUACGGUUGCUUUGACCUACUUUCAACUUGCUGCCGAAGACCAUGAGUGGUGGUGGAGGUCAUUCCUUUGCGGUGGAUCAACUGGAUUAUUCAUCUAUGCAUACUGUCUCUAUUACUACUAUGCACGUUCGGAUAUGUCAGGGUUGAUGCAAACCUCCUUCUUCUUUGGGUACAUGGCUUGCAUUUGCUAUGGCUUCUUGCUCAUGCUCGGCACCGUCGGUUUCCGUGCUUCCUUAUUCUUUGUUCGUCAUAUAUACCGCUCCAUCAAGUGCGAGUGAGUAACAAAGAAAAUCUUUAAGCAGGCCCGACACCACCACCUUCUACUCCCUUGUAAGGCCCCCAUACAUCCCCGCACCACAAAUUAAAACUUGAUGGUAGGGUGAUUGAGGAAGAGGACAUGUGCUGUAGAACUGUAGGUUUUUGUUUCCAAGUGGUAGCUUGUACUGUUUUUUAUUGUCGCACAAAGGCACUCUUUAAAACAAUACAUUUCAUAUCCGUAUUGUAAUAUUGGAACGGAACUUAUUAAAUUUC